GAAUAUAUAUUGUUCUUUAGUAAUUAUGUCUUUAUAUUUGCAUGAUGUGACAUAAUAGAUGUGAAUGUUAAUCACUGCUUUACUAUGCAAAUAAAGUUGUUUGACCAUAAAAAAUAAUAAUUUACUGGCAAAAAAAGAUAAGCUAUGAUCUCAGGAUGAAGACACAUGUGUGUGUAGUCAGAAGACAUCCUGAGAGCAGCAGUCCCUAAGAAACAAUUCAAGUUCUACAGAGAAGCCUACUUUGUCAAAAACUAAGGUCCUGAUGAACUCAAAGAGACAUUUCCAGGAGGCAAAGUAAUUCUGGAGUUCAGGGAUUUGUCUUUGAUAGCCACAGCAGCAGGAUUUAGAGAGAAGGAAUAGAGAAAGCCAGGAGCUGGGUGGGGCUCCUGGGUUGAAGGCUGGGGAAGGGCUGAGGCACCCUCCCUCCUGCCAGUAGCCCUUUGUGAUGAGGAGGCCUCAGCUGUGUGAUGUGACUUGAGCCCUCCUGAUAAGUCAGAUACUGUACUCCAGGACUCAGUAGCCUGAGAGCUGCCCUGCGAUUCAGAAGAUGGAGAAUUUUUUCCUUCUAAUGAAUAGCGUUAUUGACUUGUGGAAGAUCCCCAGCUCCAUGUCCACAAUAUUGGACAUGACCUUUGCCAUCAUAUGCGGAGUGGGGCUCUAUUACCUACUAAUCCCAUUCCUGAUCGAGUGUCCUGAGUCUCCACCACCUAGGACGGAAAAGAAGUUCCCAAAGGUGGUGAAAAGGACAUAUAAAAAGGCCAGGAAGAAAACUAAUAUAAAAAUUUCAAGAAACAGCCAGCAGAAUGCACAGGAUACCCAGAAUGCAUCUGGAAAUGCAUCUGGAAUGCCUACGGAAAGUCCCACUGAGAAUCCUUUACUGGACUCCUCCCCCCGCUCCUUUUGGUACUCUAAGGAGAAAUUGAAUCAGCUUUCCAUCUUUCAGCUGUUUUCUUAUCUCAAGGUCUUAGAAGGCCUUAUAGAGCGGAAAUUUAUCCAAUUUUUAUGGGGUAUAUCAUACAUGUUCUCUGAGUCAGUUGUGGCUACUGCCUCCAUCUUCAAGAAAUCCCCCUUAAUACGUAAAACCGUGAGGUUCUGUGAUACAGUUGAUGUUGCCCAAGCUCUCCCUCUAGCUAAAGAGCCUCCACAGCUUUGCCAGGACCAGCCAUUGUCCUACCAACUUGUGACACCAAACUUGGUAGGUGUGACAAAAGGUCAGGAACAAAAAAACCUCCCAAGCUCUAUACUAAACCAAAGACCAUCUUCAUCCCAGAGUAGGGCUGGUAGAAGAGCAUCUCCUAACACCGAGAUAGGGAUACAACCAUCUCUUCCAAAUGGAAAUGUUCAACAUGAACUUAAUUUGGAAAACACUACAGGCUGUGAUAUCCAAAAAUGUCAACCAGCCAUUGGCCAACCCACUGAUAAAUUGUCCACGGGUGCCCUGCCCAUUAAAGCUAUCAGGUCAGCCUCCAUCAUUCCUGAGCAUUAUCAAAUGAUCCACCCUCAUGAGGGCCCACAGGACGAAGAGAAGGCAAUUAGUGAAGGAGAACAAAAAGGAAAACAUGUCAGAUUCUGCCCAUCUAGGAAACUUCCACCACUUCAGGAAGAUUUCCAGCCAAACAAUGAUGGCUAUUGCAAGAACCUGCCUGAACUCAGCCAGCCUGCCCAGCCCUCCAUCCUCAACUCCAGAAGCUACAAGAGCAGCCAGAUGGCGGGGUACGUGCCCUUGGGGAUGAUCUUAAAGAAGGCCAUAGCAAAGCAUGGCAUACCUAACACCAUCAAGAAGGACCUCAGUGUUAGAGCCAAAGACCUGUCUUGCACUUUAAGUAGCACCCCCGAGAAAGGUCUGGAACCUGGAAACCGUCCACUGAGGACCGAGAAGCUGUCCUCUAUGAAAACAACUGAGGGCCUUUCCUUCCUUGAUCCAAAGACUCAAAUGAAGCAGGAAUCAAACACCAUCCAGCAUUCUGAGAAACACAGAAUAUCACCCUGUGUUUCCAAGGCUGAAUAUUAUUCCAAGGCAGCCAUAAUCCUAGAAAAAAUGCAUCACCAAGAUCCUGGGGGAACAAGGGUAAAAACUGUAUCAUCAGCCAGCCUGCAGCAUCCUCUGUUUGAACACUCACCUCCAGAGGUUCAGGAGACCCAAAGAGCCCCUCCAACUGCUGCCAGUCAUGGGCCUACAAGAUCCCACUUAGAUCAAGGGGAAAGAUACCUUAGUGUUCAGCCAAAUGCUGUCUGCAUGCAGGCAAAACCCCUGCAGAACAGGAUUAUCCAAGGAACUGGGAGAUGCAUCAUGAAACAAAAUACCAGCCCAGAAAUAUCCAAGCAUACACCAGGGACAAUGUCUGAUGGUGUGAUCCCAGGACAUCCCAGCUGGAGUGCAAAAAGUCUGGGCCCUGAAGACAGUGUCCGACCUUCAGUGGCCAAACAAACCACUCACGCAUUAAGGUCCUAUCAAGAUCAAGGGGAGAGAUACCUUAGUGUUCAGCCAAAUGCUGUCUGCUUCCAGGCAAAACCACAGCAGAACAGGACUAUCCAAGGAACUGGGAGAGGCAUCAUGAAACGAAAUACCAGCCCAGAAAUGUCCAAGCAUACAUCAGGGACAAUGUCUGACAAUGUGGUCUUAGGACAUCCCACUUGGAGUGCAAAAAAUCUGGGCCCUGAAGACAGUGUCCCACUUUCAGUGGCCAAACAAACCAGCACACUGAAGGUAAAAUCAAGUACUCAGCCACAGUCCUGGCCUGUGAGUCAUCAUCCCAAUGCCCCCAGUACAGUACAUCCUGCCAUGGUCAGCUUGCCUUCAGAGAACUCACUGCCCAACUUCCAGAAUAAAUGGCAAAAGUCUUCACAGGGAUUAGGUGAUGAUCUCAUGAGUAGUUAUCAGCAUGUGGAGACUAAGGACUUCAGAGUUCGCAAGGUUAAGUUCAAAACACAGAAUGUGAGGCAGAGUAUUCUGAAAUCUGGAGACGUAAACCAGGGAGGAAGGCUUGGGAGAGUAAGGCCUUCUAUCCUGAGGUCCACCAAGCUCAAGGGAACAGCCAAGACUGAAAGUCAGUCCUCCUGUAACACAGCAGGAAAAAGAGAGGCUCCAUCACAAAGCUGCUUGAAGAACAUCACUGAAAAUGCUACACAAUAUGAAAACCUCAGCACAAAAUACAAGGGGCAGGGGUACUCUUUGAAAAAAGAAAGGCCCCUACCAGUUACUGAGCAGACACAGGAGGUCAUAAAUAGAGUAAACACCAUCUACUCAACAACAGUUGAACUACGAAACCUCAUGAAUUCUCUAGUCCAGAACCUGGUCAAUAAUGUAGAUGAACCAUCGAAUCUCAUCAUAGAUCCUGGGACUCAGGUACAAGGGUAUAAAGCAGAAUCAUUGGCAUUCCAGCUGGCUGGCUCUUCUCACUCUUCUGAGGGCCUCCAUGACCAAAACCAUAGCAGACUAGCAAGAAGAAUGAGCACAAGAAGAAUGAGCAGUGGCCACCCCAGCCCUAAGGAGCACAGUCAUCCUUUCUUAAACAGCGGAACUGGAGAUAAAUUGCAGUCCGGCGUUGAUGACCAGAGAGCCUCUGACCAAGGUCGGAACAAAGUGAAGAGAGGACUAGGCUUUAACCAGCCCCACACUCUGACGGGGAAUGACCAUCCAUGUUGGGGAGAUGGAGAAAAGCAGAAGUCAGGUCUUGCUGACCAGAGAGUCAGUAACCUAUAUAAAACAAAGGAUGGAAUGGGAGGCUUUCAAUAUGGAAGGCUUGAGGGUCAGGAAACAUCCUUAAAAUACAAGAAUAGAGGUGUUGACCAAAAAGCCUUUCAUCCAUAUCAAAAUACAAAGAAAGGAAUAGGCUGUGGUCAAAGUAUAAAUCCCAAAAAGAACUAUCCAGUCAAGAACAGGGGAACUGGAGGCAAGGAGCAGUCAGCUAUUGCUGCCCAGGGAGCAUCUAAUCUACAUGAAAUUAGACCAAAGAGUCCACACAGAAGCCUUGAUAUGCAUAACCAUUCCCUCAGAUACAUAGAAACUGAAGGCAAACCACAGCCCAGUGUUAAUGCCCAGAAAGCCUGUGACCAGCAUCUGAACAGCCAAAAGAGAAUGGCUUUUGACAACCUCCUCACUGCCAAUGAGAAGAAUCUUCCAUUUGGGCACAGGGUAAUUGGAGAUAAGCAGAAGUUAGGACUUGCUGACCAGAGAGUCUCUGACCCAGGACAAAUUAGAAGGAGUAGAAUGUGCCCCUAUCCACAAAGAAGCCCCCAGAGGCACAACCUUUCAUUCAGGUACAGACAUGGUUUGGGAGAAGUGCAAUCCUGUGUCAGUGCCCAGAGAUCCUGUGACCAACAUCCAGACAAUGUGAAGAGAAGAGGUUUUGACCACCUCCCCACUCCCAAGGGGAACAACCAUCCACAUAGUUACAAAGUAAUUGAAGACAAGCAGCUGUCAGGUCUUGCUGACCAGAGAGCCUGUGACCCAGGUCAAAUUAUAAAAAAGAGUGGAAUGGGCAGCUGUACAUACAGAUGGCCUGAAGAGUACAACUUUUUAGUCAGAUAUGGAAUAAUUGGAAACAAAGAGCAGGAAGGCAUUGUUCGUAGAGGCUGUGGCGCACUUCAAAAUUCGAAAGAAGGAAUGGGCCGUCGUCAACCUAUGAGUCUCCAAAAGAACCAUCCAGUCAAGGACAGGGGAAUUGGACGCCAGGAACAGUCAGGUGUUGCUGCUCAGAGAGUCUCUGACCGAGUAGACUUUACCAGCAAAGUCCAAAGAGCACGUACUUCAGGCCAUCCAGAAGAUGACACAUCUGCCCAGCCAUUGUCUUCCCUUAUCGUUUCUUGGUAAUAAAUGUUGGCAUUUUUCCUGAAAAAAAUCAAAAAUUACAAUAAACACUGACAAGAAUGCCACCAAAA